AUGCCCACCCCCGAGUCCGCGGCGUUCCUCGCCAAGAAACCCACCGUCCCCCCGACGUACGAGGGCGUCGACUUUGACGACAACGUCGCGGUGCACAACGCCCGCGACGCGAUCAUCCGCGAGCAAUGGGUGCGCAGCAUGAUGUCACGGCUUGUCGGAGAGGAAUUGGGCAAGUGUUAUGCGCGGGAGGGGGUGAAUCAUUUCGAAAAGUGUGGUGUGUUAAGAGAAAAAUACUUUGAGCUCCUCAAGGAACGGAAAGUCAAGGGUUACCUCUUUGAAGAGAAGAAUUACUUCGCAAAGGAUAAGUCGGCAUAG